AAAAAAAAAAAAAAAAAAAAAAAAUGAUCGUAGACGCCGUCAGAGUCUCCUGCGGCGGGGAGGUGUCCGCGGAAGAAGAGGCGGACGCCCUCCGCCCUCCCUUCAGCCCUCCGUCGCCAGGACGCCAAGGGAUGGAGGGCAAUGCCGGCACCGACUCCCAGCAGACGCCGACGGGGGCGCCGACGGCGACGACUAUCCUUCGUCAGCAUACGCAGGAGGAGUUGAUCACUAACGUCGCUAAGGACUCGAAGGAAGUCUGCCAGGGCUGCCACAGCACCAUCGCCGACCGCUUCCUCCUACGAGUCAACGGCAGGUCGUGGCACCAAUCCUGCUUGAGGUGUUGCGUGUGCCAGUUGGCCCUCGAUCGUCAGCCAUCUUGUUACAUCCGGGAUCACAAUGUGUACUGCAAGGCUGACUACACCAGGAACUUCGGGGCGCGGUGCGCCAAGUGUUGCCGCAGCAUCGGCGCCGCUGAUUGGGUCCGGAGGGCGCGGGACCGCGUGUACCACCUGGCUUGCUUCGCCUGCGACGCCUGCAAGAGGCAGCUCAGCACCGGGGAGGAGUUCGCCCUCCACGAGAACAGGGUCCUGUGUAAGCAGCAUUACAUCGAGUCCAUAGAGGGCGGUGUCUCGAGUAAUGACGAGAGCGACGGCAGCGGCAAAGUGAAGAGCAAGCGGGUCCGGACGACGUUCUCGGACGAGCAGCUCCAGGUCCUCCAGGCGAACUUCCAGAUCGACUCGAAUCCCGACGGGCAGGACCUGGAGCGCAUCGCGCAGAUCACCGGUCUCAGCAAGAGGGUGACGCAAGUGUGGUUCCAGAACAACAGGGCACGUCAGAAGAAGUACAUGACGCAGGGCAAGAGGCAUCACCCACCGCCGCCCAAUCCCGUCGGAGUACCUGGUGGGUACUCCCUGGAACGCGCCCCGUCCAGCCUCUCCGACUACGGCGACAUCUCCUCGGCGUCCUCCUCGCCCCUCGAUUCCCCGCUGUCCCAGAUCCUCUACAGCUUUGGAUGAUUGACGGCCCACGCCCAUACCUACGCCCACGGGCAUUCCCUCACGCACGGACACGUCCAUCAUCUUCACCAACACCACCACCUGGCGCAGGGGCAAGGUCACCACCAUCAAGCCGGGCAGCAGGUCGAUGAUGGGUCGGAGCCACAGGGGUCGUCGCGAGUGCCGGAGGUCACCACCUCCUCUUCCAGGAUGGCACUGGGGGCCGGCGGCGGCGGCGGCGGCGGCGGCGGGCAUCACGGUUCGGAAUCCGCUGCCGCCAUCUUGGGAAUGGGCGUAGGUUUGGGAAUGGGGAUCUUCAGGACGGAAGGGAGAGGAGGAGGAGGAGGAGGAGGAAGAAGUGAAGGAGGAGGAGGAGGAGGAGGGGAGUAUCAUAAUAUGUAUCUGAAUCCUACUCCUUUAGGGAGAGAGGAGCUCUAUUCCUCUCCAGGGUCCCAAGACAGGGACGAGUUCAUGAUCAAGCAGGACCGAGAUGACUUGAGACGAAGCUGUGCCGAGAGGGACGAUGCUUCGUCGUGAUGACGAUUUCUGAGUGGAGGUCACAGUGAUUUCGCUAAAGAAUCCAGUAAUGCCAAACGAACCAAAACAAAAAAGAACAAGACUUCUUCCUCCCAAUGGCAAAACUUCGUCUGAAAUUUAGGCGUGACAAUUUUACCGCAGGUGAUAACGAUCGAAUCCACUAGUGACAGCUUCUGUAGAUGGAAAACAUUACAAAUAUCCUAAGGAACUAAUACAUCUAUACGAAAAUAUGAUAUAUGUAAGAAUUUGUAUCCAUAACUUGGCAAAUUCUUGAGCUUCUCGUAACAGAAAAAUUCAAGCCGUAAACAGCAAAUUUAGCUUUAGUUUAUUUAUUUAUUUAUUUUUUUUUUUUAACAACUGACAUAGAUGCAACGUAGAUAUUAGGAGUAUUCAACCGACGCCAUUCAACUCUUUUUCUCUCCAUAUUUCGAGAUGCCAACACGUCAUUGACAAUUUAAGCUCGAAAUGUGACAUCAUAAGUGAUGUGAUGUCACUCGUGACAAUCGAAACUCUAAAUAUAUAACUUCGUGAUGAUGAUGAUGUCAGAUUCCUGAUAAGAUAUUUCGUUUCAAAGUUGAAAUCCUGAAGUGUGACGUCACAAAUGAUGCAGUUCAAUGUCAGCCGUGACAUCACAGGUAAUACAGUUCAGUUCGAGGUAUGACAUCACAUAUGGCAGUUCAGACUCAGACUACAAAAGUGUCGAAGUCCAGCUCUAGAGGUGACAUCACCAGCAUGAAAAUCCAUAUUCAAACCGUGACAUCAAGUGAUCUCAUCCAAAUCUGAGUCGUGAAUUCGUUAAUGAUUUGUUUCAAAUCCAGAUACAACAUUGCCGAUGUCAGCCUUCAGAGACUCGAGGUCAAGUAUCAACGAUGAUGUACAUUGUGGUUCGAGUGGCACUCCAGACUCGAGGAGCAACUUCACAAGUAAUAUAAUCCAGUGCCAGAUGCAUGACAAGUGUUCAAGUUCAAACUCGAGGCGUUGUUUUCAAAAUUUCUGAGAGGUGUCGUAAUAGGAAUGAUUAUAAUAAUAGCCUUGCUGUGCUCAGAUGGCGGAUUUGAGGGGCUGCCCAUACCUGGUCACGUGCCCCCCGGCCCCCCCAACCCUCCCAUGGAUAUGAAUAACAGAACAUUGUUUUCUUUCAAUAAAAUAUUAUGAGUAGCAAAAAUUUGCUUAGUUAAUGAUUAUUUCAACAACAAUAGGAAUAACAGUACAACACCAAAAACAAGAAGAACGCCAACCGCUAUUCACUGUUGGGCAUUGUCCUGAUUUCCUAACUGAAACUUGUUUUUCGUACGCUCCUUUUUAUACACUAACGCAAAAAAAAAUCUCAGACGUACUAUUGUUAUAUAUUGCUAAUUCGCUUCAUCGAAAACCUCCAGUAGUUCUGUUCAUAAAGCGUUGGUGACUUGACAUCAUGUAAAAAAAAUUUUGUUCAUGGAACGUUGUUAACUUUUUUUUUUUUUUUUUUUUUUUUACAGUGCUACUAUUUUUCCAUUAUAUAUAGUUUACAUUUUAGAAUGAAGCUUUUCUCUGCCCUUUUGAAUCGCAGACUUUUAUAUUAAUUUCAUAAGCUACUGAAG